AUGGACACCAGCUACCUCGCUCAGCAGGUCACCACCAUUAUCGGCCAGCUGCACGGCCUGUUCGACGAGAUCGGCGUUCCCAGCCAUGAGCGCGACUCUCGCGAGGCAGAGCUUUUCUCUGCGCUGUCAGACACGCUCCAUGGCCAGCUGCGCACCGUCACCAACGAGAAACAUAAGAUGACGGAAGAGGCGCAGCACCUGAUCAAGACAAUCAAGCAGAUGCAGGACUCCAUGGACGACAGCAAGAACGGCACCAGGUUCAAGAACGAUGACACACAGAUUACCUACCCAUUAACACGCUGUCUGAAAGCACUGAAGGAGAAGCACAACGCAGUCGCCAAGCAGUACCAGGAGCGCUUCGAGCAGACACGGAAAAUCGCCGAGGCUCUCGAAUCGUACGCAUCCCAUCUCGACUCCGACUUCCUAAAGAUCAAGCUGCCGCCGACCGCACCAGAAGCCAACAUCUCGCCCUCGUUCGACAUCUCCGAUUCCUACAUCGCCAAGCUGGACCGCGAAUUCAGCCGCGUAUAUGAAGAAUACACAAAGCGUCUGGACCAAGUCCAGGUCAUAUGCCAUGAGAUUAUUCAGCUCUGGGCUGAGCUGGGAACACCACAGGCGCAAACAGACUCUAUGAUAGUGCAGCACCACAGAGAAUCGCCAGAGCAGCUGGGCCUGCACAAGUCUGACUUGGCCGACCUGCAAGCGAAGAAAGACCGUCUGAUCGAGGAGAAGCGUAACCGUGAACGACGCAUUGCACAGCUGCGAGCAACUAUCGAGGAGCUCUGGGAGCGCCUCAGUGUGGACCCAGGCGAGCGGAAGCACUUCCUUGCCAGCAACCGUGGCUGCGGUCUGCGCACUAUCAACGAAUUCGAGUCUGAGCUCUCCAGGCUGAACGAGCUGAAGCAGCAGAACUUACACAUUUUCGUCGAGGAAGCGCGGAUAAAGUUGCAAGAGCUAUGGGAUGCACUGUACUUCUCGGAAGAGGAGAUGCUGGACUUCACACCUGCCUUCUCUGAUGUCUGCAGCGACGCACUUCUCUCAGCGCAUGAGGCAGAGAUCUCCAGGCUCGAAAGACUAAAGGAGCAGCGCCUCCCUGUUAUCUCGAAGAUUGACCGCCACCGUGAGCUGAUCAAAGAGCGCACUGAGCUCCAGCAAUCCAGCCAGGAUGCCUCUCGACUCAUGGGCCGCGGCCAGAAGGGCGAGAAACGAGAUCCUGGGAAGCUGCUACGCGAGGAGAAGAUGCGUAAACGCAUUGCAAAGGAUCUGCCCAAGGUCGAAGCAGAUCUCAGGGCAACACUUGAGGCUUAUGAGAGCGAGUGGGGCCGACCGUUCCUUGUCCACGGCGAGCGCUACUUGGAUGAGCUGUACGCUGCUGAACAGAAGGGGCCACCACCUCGAGCGAAGACGCCAUCCAAUAUGAGCAUGCCUCCAAAGCAAGGAACACUUACCAGGGGCAACUCUUCCGCUCGCCCUCGUGCUGGCACCAUCCACGGACAAUCAAUCAGCGUCCAGACCAACCAUCGUCAGACACUCCACGAGCCACCCACUCGAACGAAGACACCAGUGACAGGCAACUUCGGCGCAAGCACAAUGCGUGGCAAUCCUUUCGCACAGUCUGUUUCAGCAGCAUCUGGAUCCAAGAGUCCUUCGAAACUCCCUACACGAGCGCCACCGAAGCAAAUGGGCUCGCCUGAGCGACGACCGGGUACACUCCACCACUCACAAUCAUCGACGAUGCGGAGGAUGGGUCCGCCCUUGGCGCCACCGCCACGAAUGAAGGAUCUAUUUGUUCCACCUGACCCAAAUGACACACCCAGAAAUCGCUUCGAGUUCAACCGCAGCGAGCGCAGUGAAAGCAUCGUCCGCAGUAUACCGCCGGAGGACCCCUACGACGAUCGACUCAGGAAGACGAUGCGGCCUGAAUACCCUGUAUCUUAUACACACGCGCCAGCCCUGUCGUUAUCAUCGAGUAGCAGCCGGCAUAUUUCACAAGCAUCCUCGACAGGCUCAGGGCAGGCAGCGUCGGAAAAUUGGGAGACAUUCAGCGACCAGUCCGACGACACGCCUGAAAGUGACAUUGACUUCCAGAGCUACCGAAGCAGUCAGACCAAGCGCAUGACGCCUGAUCAUGCUUCCACACCGCGAGCUAUCCAAGGCAAGAAGGUCAGAGGGAUCCGCAGCGUCGACCAAGGCAACAUGAUGAUGGAUCAGGACGGCCGCAUGGUUCGCUGCAGCGAAGCUGGCUGGACUGAUGACGGCAGCGUGUACUGA